GACAUUUUAAAACUUCAUUGGGUACAUAAGGAGAUAAAAAUGACAACAAAGAAAAUUGGAAGAAUUGGAAAAUUUUAAGAGAAAUUUAAAGAUUCGAAGUGUUUUUUAUUAAUUGUGCAUAAAUUAAAUUGAUUUGUGUUAGUUUAUUAUGGAACAUUAGUUUCUAUUUGAGAGGCUAUCUUAAGUACUGUAAAACUAAUAAAGCGACGAAAUGGAACAGAAUUCUGCAGAUCCAUUCGCCUCAGAAAACAGUGGAACCGCACGCUUUGUGGAAAAACUAGUCGAUAAUGGCUUAGCGGGUAGCGGCGGUGCAUGCAGCAGUAAUAGUGCAAGCAUAAACGCCACGCAUGAAUUUCAAACCAUGAAACCGGGCUUAGGACAAAAGCCUGGCCAAAUUACCGGAAGAACCGAAAUACCGCAUAGUGAACUUGUAAAGAUGCUGUAUUUUUUGGAAGGUGAACUACAGGCACGCGACGUUGUAAUUGCUGCAUUACGGAAUGAGCGUGUCAAACAAUAUAUAACGCAACUGCGUUCAAAACGUGUGCAACCAAAUGAUCCAUACGCGGCCAUUUUCCGUGAUAAAAUUGCGCUAGCCGGCAAUAUGAUAUCACGCGAAUCCUCCACACAAGCGGCUCAAGCAGAAAUGGAGGUGCGACAAAUUAUCGAACAACAAAUGGAGCAACAAUAUCAAAUGGUUAGCAAGCAACGCGCUACACAUUUGCGUAUGGUCAAUAUACUUACUGAAUCUUUGGAGAACAAUCAACGCAUGUUACAGGAAUUAGAAGAGGAAAAGCGUAAGCACGAACAUGAUACAGCGCAGGGUGAUGACAUUACCUACGGCUUAGAACUGGAGCGAACUAAACUGCGUCAGGAGUUGGAAGAAGAACGUGCGCAAUUGAAAAAAAUGGAAAAAGAAAUGAAAAAGCUACAAGAAACUUUAGAUUACGAACGCAAUCGUCAAAAGCAAAUUGUGCUAUUACUCAUAGCUGAACGUAAAAAGAUACUUAUGAAAUACAUUGAAGAGGGAAAGCGCUCCGAAGACUUGGCGCAAAUACUAGCAGAGGAGAAGCAACGUUCCGACACCAUUGCGGAGGGUCUCGAAGAGGAGAGUAAAAAGUCAUUACGCAUGGAAGAGGAUAUGGAAAAGCAAACUGCUGCAUUCGAGAAUGAGCGAAAAACUCUCAAAUUAACCGCUGCUAAGGAAGAGACGCGAGUUAAAGAGCUCGAACAAGAGGUAGCAUUGCUACGUGCUGAGAAUGAGGCUUUAAAGAAAUCACAGCAGAUUUUACAACAAAGUGUGGCGGCUGGUGUGAGCGGUACACUUGUUGGCGGUGCCAAAGCUAGAACACUUAGUGAUGAUGCAUGUGCCACACCCAUGGUAAAUAUUGCGAAAAUCGUGCAACCAACAGCGACUGUAACGAGUGUACCCGUUUCUGGUCCAACAACCGGCAUUGCACGUGCGCCCGGACAGACAUUGCGUAGCGGUGUAGGCAACGCCAUGCCCGCUCUAGCCGUAGCACAAUCGGUGGCAACUGCCAUACCACUGCAAACAGUAGCAUUAGCCAAUACGGGCAAUAUAACCGGUGAUAGCACAACAACUGUUGCUGCUGCCAUAUCAGCGGCAAUUACCUCAACAGCAAGUAAUCUAACAACCGGUACUGUAGUUGGUGCUGGUGGCUCAAUUGUGGGUGCGGGUGCACCACCAUCACCCUCGCCCGUGAAAAUGCAGCCAACCGCAACUAUACAGCGUGCACCCGGCGGUAAAUAUGCUGCAUUAGCUGCUGCCGCGGCCGCAUCGCACUCGCUGGAUCAGGCAGCGACGGCGCCACAUCCAGUGCCAAUUGCAGUACCACCCGUUACAGUGCCACCGGCUGGCGCACGUGGUGCACCACCACCUAUACCACCCAAUAAACCCAUUGUACCGCCAAAACGUGAACCAUCGCUGUCGCGUUUAAGUUCGAUUGCUGUGGCCAGUGCUGUCGCCGGCACAGUUGGUGUAAAUGCAGCCAAUUCAGUUGGUGUCGCAAACGCUACACCCAAUACAAAAUUAAAUUAGAUACGCUAAAACCUCCAACACAGUAUAUGUUUCCAUAUAAAAAAAAAAAAACUUAAUAGGAACGUGAAAAAUUACAAGAUUUACAUAUAAAAUCGAUAUGCAAUUACAAAAAAACACUAAUACACAAUGCACAUGUUUUAUGCAUGCGCGUACGCGUAAGUUGGCUUAGAAACUCAUUUUUGCGUUACGUUGAAAAUUAGUUUAAAAUUUAAAAUUUAAGAAUUCACAUUAUACCUCGGUUCUUAGUUGAGCAUAACCAGUACACAUUACCAUAUGCUUGGUUUAAAUGUUUAAAGCUUACAAUUAGGAUUUACGCUAAAUAUUCCGCAGCUUGUGAAAUUCAUGUAAUUUUUUUAACAUAUUUGCUAAGUUGCUUAUACAAGUCCGUAUAAAAAAAGUUAAUUCCUUUAACGAUAUAUGCUUCCUGCAGCUAUAAUAUUUGGUUAGUAAUGUUCCUAGCUGGAAUGUAUUUUUUUUAUUUAAACUCAAAUAAUCGCAAAAUUAUUUUGUUCAAGUAAUUUUCGUAAUAAAUUAUUUGCAAAGUUUUAUCUAUUUUA